UCGGUCGGGAUUCAGAUCCACGGGAGAAUAACCGGAAACGGUUUUAAUGAUAAACCAUCACGUUUGGGGGAGAGGAUAUCCCAUUUUAUGGUGACAUUAACACUCAACGCGCCGCUUUAUCCGCUGCCUGAGGAUGGCCGCUGCAGUAUGAGGUGUUGUCUAUUUGGAGAAGAUUGAGUGAACCAUGGCACAGUUCCCAACCACAUUCACAGGUCCAGAUGUGUUUCUGAUCUCCGUGGAUGAGAGAGCCAAACAUGACCAGCAGUUUCUCAGCCUCUGUCCGACCGCUGGGGGUUACAUCACAGGUGACCAGGCUAAGAACUUUUUCCUCCAAUCAGGGCUGCCCCCACCCAUCCUGGCCCAAAUAUGGGCUCUAGCCGAUAUGAACAGCGAUGGCCGGAUGGAUAUCCACGAGUUUUCCAUCGCUAUGAAAUUAAUCAAAUUGAAGCUCCAGGGUCACCCUCUCCCCCCAGCACUUCCUCCCAGUAUGAAACAACCUCCUUUACCCCCGCAGUCUAGCUUUGGAAUGCCUCCUCUAGGACCCAUGCCAACCUCUCUCCCAGGUGUGCCCCCGCUCCCCUUCCCUCCCCUCCCCGUUGGGGUGUCUCCCCCCCUCGUCUCAUCUGCACCACCUCCUCUUCCGCAGCCCAUAGCUAAUGGAGCUCCUCCGACAGCCAUGAUACCACCCAUCUCCAACUUCCCCCACCCAGCUCCUGCUGUCAACAAGUCCUCAUCAUUUAACCGUUCCAGCACCAAGCUGCAAAAGGGGCCAUCGUUUGAUGCUGCAAGUGCACAGGUUCCUCCAGAUUGGGCAGUUCCUCAGUCCUCCAGGCUGAAGUACAGACAGCUGUUUAACUCGCAUGACAAGAUGAUGAGUGGACACCUCACUGGUCCCCAGGCCCGAACUAUCCUGAUGCAGUCCAGUCUUCCUCAGACUCAGUUGGCAACAAUAUGGAGCCUGUCAGACAUCGACCAGGAUGGAAAACUAACAGCUGAGGAGUUUAUCUUGGCUAUGCACCUCAUAGAUAUGGCUAUGUCAGGGUUACCGCUGCCUCCUGUGUUACCGCCAGAUUACCUUCCACCAACAUUCAGGCGCGUGCGAAGCGAUAGUGUUCAGUCGGAUCCGAAGAGUGUCCAGGAGGAGCCGGAGGAGGAAUCUGAGAGCAGCCAAGACAAGAAAUUACCAGCCAUUAUCCCCACAGUGUCAUUUGAGGAUAAAAAGAGGGAGAAUUUUGAACGAGGAAACCUGGAGUUGGAAAAGCGGCGUCAGGCUCUGCAGGAGCAGCAGAGGAAAGAGCAGGAGAGGCUGGCUGCGCUGGAGAGAGAGGAACAGGAGCGGAAGGAGCGUGAGCGUCUGGAGCAAGAAAGGAGGCGGCAGAUGGAACUUGAAAAACAACUGGAGAGACAAAGAGAGCUGGAGAGACAGAGAGAAGAAGAGAGACGCAGAGAGAUAGAGAGGAGAGAGACUGCGAAACGCGAACUGGAACGCCAGCGUCAGUUGGAGUGGGAGCGGCAGCGGCGCCAGGAGCUUCUGACUCAACGAAACAGAGAACAGGAGAGUAUAGUGCUGCUCAAAGCCAGGAAGAAAACACUGGAGUUUGAACUGGAAGCUCUGAAUGACAAGAAGAGCCAGCUGGAGGGUAAACUGAAAGAUGUUCGGUUUCGUCUGUCAGCUCAGCGGAGAGAGGUGGAGCAGACCAACAUGACCAGAGAAACGCGCAUCGCUGAGAUUACACUGCUACAACAGCAGCUGCAGGACACUCAGCAGUGGUUGGGGAGGCUGAUUCCUGAUAAACAGAUUCUCAACGACCAGUUGAAGCAGGUCCAGCAGAACAGUCUGCACCGCGACAGUCUGUCGUCCCUGCAGAAGGCCGUUGAGCAGAAAGAGAGCAGCAAACAUCAGCUCAAAGAGCAGCUGGAUGCCGUGGAGAGAGAAACCAGGGCCAAACUACUGGAAAUAGAUGCUUUCAACACGCAACUGAAGUCUCUGUGUGAGUUCUAUGCCAACCACUGUGCCAGGAUAGAGGCCCUGCUGCGCCAGCUUCAGGAGGAGGAGAGGCAUCAGGAGCAGGGACAGCUGCAGGAGUUUGUGUCUGCCGUCAGAGUGUGUCUGACUCGGCUAGACUACGUUAUAAAGGAGCUGCGGGAGAUCCACAGCCGGCAGCAGAGACAGAAACAGAAGGAGCUGGAGGGCGACACACACUCACUGACACACACACACUCUCACAUGCACACCCCAAGUGAGAGAAAGUCUGCUGAGCUGCAGGAGAGCGGACUGUCGUCAGAGGAAAGUGUCGCCUGGAAGGAUGAAACGGGAAGCUCUGCACCCAUGCCGCCGAGCCCCGCUCCCAUUUCUGCGCCGCAUGCCUGGCUAAACAGAGUCACUCAGGAAGACGAGGAGAGGAAAAGGAAAGAGAUGGAACAGGACGAAGAGGGCAGGAAGGGAGUGGGAUCAAUAGAAGAGAAGGAGGGCGAGGGCAGAGGGAAGAAGGAUGUGCAAGAGAAGCUGAGCAAGCUGUUCAGCCAGCCAGCUGACCCCUGGGGCGCAGCAGGAGAUAAGGGUCACGGUCCCAGUCUGUUUGACCAGAAAACCCCGGUCACCAGCUUCGACCAGCAGCAGCAGCCAGUUAAAGUGGUCUACUACAGGGCUCUCUAUCCAUUUGAUGCUCGCAGCCAUGAUGAGAUCAGUAUCACCCCUGGAGAUGUUAUCAUGGUGAAGGGGGAAUGGGUGGACGAGUCUCAGACAGGUGAGCCCGGUUGGCUGGGAGGAGAGCUGCGGGGCCGGACCGGCUGGUUUCCAGCCAACUACGCCGAACGGAUCCCCGACAGCGAAGCUCCAAUCAGCCUCCGCUCCUCCGCCUCGGCCACCCCCACCCCGACCCAGCAGCCCCUGAGCACGCCCCCCCCAGCGCCCGGACACCCCGCCACCGCCACCACCUCCACAUCAUCAGCCAACAGCAACUGGGCCGACUUCAGCACCACUUGGCCCUCAAACACAUCUAGCCAAUCAGACAGUGAGGGAUGGGACGCGUGGCCGACCUCUUCAACCAAUCAGAAUCCAUCUCUCAGUGUCCCUUCAGCGCAGCUAAGGCAACGCUCCGCCUUCACUCCCGCCACCAUGACAACAGGCUCCUCUCCAUCUCCAGUACUAGGACAGGGAGAGAAGGUGGAGGGUCUCCAGGCUCAGGCUUUGUAUCCCUGGAGAGCAAAGAAAGACAACCACCUCAACUUCAACAAAAACGAGAUAAUAACGGUGUUGGAGCAGCAGGACAUGUGGUGGUUGGGUGAACUUCAGAACGGUCAAAGAGGCUGGUUCCCCAAAAGUUACGUCAAGCUCAUCUCAGCCAACAUGGCGCCCCCCGUCAGCGCCGUCGCACGCAGCAAAAACAACAAUGAAUCUGGAAUAUCAGAGAGCCCACCCAACGGAAAACGUCCAUCCCCUUCACCGACAAAACCCACAGAGUCUGGAGAAGAAUACAUGGCCAUGUACACGUAUGAGAGCAGUGAGCAGGGGGACCUGAGCUUCCAGCAGGGAGAUGUUGUUCUGGUCACCAGGAAAGAAGGGGACUGGUGGACGGGCAUGGUCGGGGGCAAAACUGGAGUCUUUCCAUCCAACUACGUCAAACCCCGGGACUCGGCCUUGGAGGCUCUGGGACCAGCAGGGAAGACGGGCAGCCUCGGGAAGAAACCUGAGAUUGCGCAGGUGAUCGCGCCCUACACGGCGACGGGAGCAGAGCAGCUGACGCUGGCUCCUGGACAGCUCAUCCUCAUCAGGAAAAAAAACCCUGGGGGCUGGUGGGAGGGCGAGCUGCAGGCUCGAGGGAAAAAGCGUCAGAUAGGUUGGUUUCCAGCCAAUUAUGUGAAGCUGCUGAGUCCCAGCACCAGCAAAACGACUCCCACGGAGCCCACACCUCCUAAACUGGCUCCUGCCAACACAGCUCUGUGUCAGGUGAUCGGGAUGUACGACUAUGUGGCUCAGAACGACGACGAGCUGGCUUUCCAAAAGGGUCAGGUGAUCACAGUGAUCAACAAGGACGACUGUGAUUGGUGGAAAGGAGAACUGAACGGGAGGGAGGGUCUGUUCCCCAGCAACUACGUCAAAAUGACCACAGACACGGACCCGAGCACGCAGUGGUGCGCCGACCUCCACCUGCUGGACAUGCUGAGCCCCAUGGAGAGGAAGAGGCAGGGCUACAUCCACGAGCUGAUCGUCACCGAGGAAAACUACGUCAACGAUCUGCAGCUCGUCACAGAGAUCUUUCACAAGCCUCUGUUGGACGUUGAGUUGCUGACUGAGAAGGAGGUGGCCAUGAUCUUUGUCAACUGGAAGGAGCUCAUCAUGUGCAACAUCAAGCUGCUCAAGGCUCUGAGGGUGAGGAAGAAGAUGUCGGGGGAUCGGAUGCCUGUGAAGAUGAUCGGGGACAUCCUGACCAACCAGCUGCCCCACAUGCAGCCGUACAUCAGAUUCUGUUCGUGUCAGCUGAACGGCGCCACGCUGAUUCAGCAGAAGACAGACGACAACCCCGAGAUCAAAGACUUCCUCAAGAGGUUGGCCAUGGAUCCCAGGUGCAAGGGCAUGCCGCUGUCCAGCUUCCUGCUCAAACCCAUGCAGAGAGUCACGCGCUACCCUCUCAUCAUCAAAAACAUCCUGGAAAACACCCCCGAGUCCCACCCCGACCACAGCCACCUGAAGGCUGCUCUGGAGAAGGCUGAGGAGCUGUGCUCGCAGGUGAACGAGGGCGUCAGGGAAAAGGAAAACUCGGACCGCUUGGAGUGGAUCCAGGCUCACGUCCAGUGUGAGGGCUUGUCGGAGCAACUGGUGUUUAACUCGGUCACCAACUGUCUGGGCCCCAGGAAGUUCCUCCACAGUGGGAAGCUGUUUAAAGCCAAGAGCAGCAAGGAGCUGUACGGGUUUCUGUUCAACGACUUCCUGCUGCUGACUCAGAUUCCUCACCUGUCCCAAGAAAAUCAGCACAGUGAAAGUAAAACUGUUUACUUCUCACAGGUGACCAAACCCCUGGGCUCGUCGGGGUCCGACAAAGUGUUCUCGUCCAAAACGCACCUGCAGUACCGCAUGUACAAGACGCCGAUCUUCUUAAACGAGGUGCUAGUGAAGCUGCCAACGGACCCGUCGGGGGACGAGCCGCUCUUCCACAUCUCUCACAUAGACAGAGUUUACACGCUCAGAGCUGAGAGCAUCAAUGAAAGGACAGCGUGGGUUCAGAAGAUUAAGGCGGCCUCAGAGCUCUUCAUCGAGACGGAGAAGAAGAAGAGGGAGAAGGCGUAUCUAGUUCGCUCUCAGAGGGCCACCGGUAUCGGGAGGCUGAUGGUCAAUAUCGUGGAGGGGAUUGAGCUGAAACCCUGUCGUUCCCACGGAAAGAGUAACCCGUACUGUGAAGUGACCAUGGGUUCCCAGUGCCAUAUCACAAAAACAUUACAGGACACACUGAAUCCCAAGUGGAACUCCAAUUGUCAGUUUUUUAUUAAGGACCUUGAGCAGGACGUCCUGUGUAUCACUGUGUUUGAGCGAGACCAGUUCUCCCCUGACGAUUUCCUGGGCAGGACGGAGAUCCGGCUGGCAGAAAUCAAGAAGGAUCAGGGCUCUAAAGGACCGAUCACCAAGAGGCUGCUGCUGCACGAGGUUCCCACGGGGGAGAUCGUGGUCCGACUGGACCUGCAGCUGUUUGAGGAGCCGUGAGAUGCGGGCAGGACCGGGUCGGACUGGACGGGCCUGACAGGGAUAUACCAGACCCGGUACGAGCUGCACCUGCAGCUGGACUGGAUUAGAUUGGACCAGCGGGCUGGACUGGGCUGCACUUUCUCAUUACGCUGGUUAUAUUAAAGUGGUGCAUUGGGUUUAGUGGACGUCUGUGCGUGCCAGCUAUCUUCUCCCGAGUCCAGAGGCAUCAGUAAUUGUACUAAAGGUGUGUAAUAAUUAGCUCCACGGUGUCAUGGUUGGAAGAUUACCUCUUAUAGGUUAACUCUGGCAGCGCUGACCCUGUCUCACAUAUUUCCACCCAUAUACGACCAAUGUGGAGCUCAGUGUUUCUGUGAAUUCACACAAUUUACAAUACCAACGGAUUUUUUAAAAUUAUUUUCUUUUCACACUGAGCAUCUUGCACGAAAAGGGUCGGCCCAAACGAGGGAAGGCCUUUGCAUUAACAUGCUAAGCCAGGGAUCAGCAACCCGCGGCUCUAGAGCUGCAUGCGGCUCUUUAGCGCCGCCCUAGUGGCUCCUGGAGCUUUUUCAAAAAUGUUUGACCUUUUUCUUCUUUUUUCUUUUUUCUUCUUUUUUUCUCUUUUUUUCUUCCUUUUUCCUUUUUAAUCUCGACAUUUCGACUUUUUUCACAAAAUUCUGACUAUUUUGACUUUUUUCUGACUUUUUUCUCAACAUUUCAACUUUUUUCUCAAGAUUGUACUUCAACGUUAAUCUUGACAUUUCAACUUUUUUCUCAACAUUUCGACUUUUUUCUCGACAUUUCCAAUGUUUUUCUUGAAAUUAUGACUCUUUUCUCGACAUUUCGAUUUUUUUCUCGACAUUUCAACUUUUUUUCUCAACAUUUUAACUUUUUUCUUGACAUUUCGCCUUUCGCCAUUUGCCUUCAUUCUAAGGCUGAUACAUACAAGACUUUUCAUUUUUUUGCGGCUCCAGACAUAUUUGUUUUUUAUGUUUUUGGUCCAAUACGGCUCUUUCAACAUUUUGGGUUGCCGACCCCUGUGCUAAGCAAACACGCUACACACGCUCCAGCUUUGACAUGAAUUGAUCCCAACCUGCCCCCUAAUUGCAAUCGUCUUAAGCCAUGUUUACGGGCUACCAGGUUUUAGUAGUUUUGUUUUUAUUAAUUGCUAACAAACAGAUAAACGUCAACGACCACUGGCACGUCAGUUCACUGACACUAAUGUGCUAUUAACCCACAAUCAUGUUACUGCAAAAACCACUUCCAUGUGUCACGGUAGUUAGUUCUUCCAGUCCGUGACUCUCUUCCUGCCCGGCUGAGAUGGUUUCAUGGAGGUCGUUCCUGUUGAGAUGAGAGAUGUUACAGAAGCAGCAGUACCCGUCUCAGCGAGGCUCGUUUCUGUUCCACUCCGGUCCAGUCCAGUCCGCGCGGGUCCUCCCUCAGUCCGACCCAGUUCAGUCUCCCGUCCAGUCUCGGGGAAAUCAGGCGGAUCUCUACUGUUCCCUCUCCUCCUUCCUCAUCCAGCCAGUCUCACCCUCCACACAAGUCCGGCCCUCUUCUUCUCUGUUCCAAGCAAAUCCAACCCUCUAAGUGUGUGUGUGUGGAUGUGAGUAUGAAUGUGUGUGUGUGUGUGACUGUACGAGUCUUAAGAUGGACAGAUUAAUCACUGACGCAGCUCAGUCCUACUUAUUUUUCACAUCGAGUCUUACACAUCUCAGAGUUUUGGAGGUAGAAGGACCUUUUAACGUCGUUUUAUUUUUCACGUCCGCUGGACACUUUGUUCCAGCCAGUAAUAGAUAUGUACAGAUUCAGUGAGAAGUUCUACCAGCGGUGAUAAGCUGAAAGAUUUUAACACGAUGUAUGCCGAGCGUCCGGAGCAUCUGGCCCUUUGACGUGCACCAAACACGAUAACGUGGCUGAAGCAACAGGUACGCAAGCUGGUGUACAUGUAGGUACUGUGAAGAAGAAUGUCUCUUUUUUUUCUUUUUUUUAUGGGUGCACAAAGAGGUUGCAGAUGGAGCGGACCUCUGUCAUGAAUAAGAAACUCUUCACGUUGCUGCUGCGUCGAGCUGUCGCAGCGGUCGUCACUAUGCAGGGAGGGAAUGGUCCACGGCAUCGGGCCGGGGGCGGGGCAGACGUGUUUUAGACCACGUUCACACGGAAACCUGCAAUAACCUUGCAGCACGUCGGCACGCCCAGCACUUUUAAAACGGACACCGCCGCUGAUAUUUGAGCGGAGGAGAUUUGACUGAAGUGAUAUCACAGCUGCCAUUUUGAGUAAUCAGAUAAGGACGGUUGGUCCGGGAAAAAUGAAAUAAACUCAACAUGGGUUAGGUUAGAUUCUCUUUCUUGUGUGCAGAUCAAAGCCACUGUAUGAACUGAUAUCUGAGCAGAACGUGCCCAUGUCUAUCCCCUCAGAGUUCCUCAGACCUUCAUGGAUCCUGAGAUCCCUAACGAGCUCGUUCGGAUCAAUACUGAUAGCUAAAAACACUUUAACGGCUCGAUUAAGGCCCUCUGUUGAACUCGAGCCGCCGAACGCUGUGCCCCGGUUGUAUCUGUGUUCAAGAACAUCACCUUUAUCUUUUAAAACUCCCACAAAAGUUGUCCUAUUAGUGAAACUGCGUGAAAAUACUGCUUAAAAUUAGAAAGCUAGUUGGCUUGUGAGCUAGAAUAAGCCUCAUGAAAGCAUGAGUUUAUUGGUUACAGUGUUUAACAUUAAUUCACUUAAGUAUUUAAGAUCAGAGGAUUUGUAACUUGCAAAGAGAGGGAAGUAUUUUGAAAGAAAACAACCCACUAAAGACAAUAAUAUGCGUAUUUCUGGUGCCUUCACUCUCACGCGGGGGGGGGGGAUCCCCGUCCAGUCUCACAGAAGGUGGUUCUUUUUUAAAGAAAAGGAUUUUUCAUUCAACCAUAUCAUGAUGUCGCUUCUCCACGCCGAGAUCACGACCUCAGGGGUUGCUUAGCUGGCCGCGUCCAUGGCUCCUCGUAGUUCACCCACCUGAGUAUUCAAAAUGGCGGCCGUCGUCGGUCCGACCGGACAGCAGGCGUCGGCGAGUGUACAGAAGUCUUACUAGUUCGAUGUGUUAGUUAGCAAAUCUAUUUAGUCCCUUUUUUUGAUUUGAGGCCACGGCUGCAGUAACGCUCCGAGUUAACGCUGGGACGUCGGUUACCGUAGCGACCAGACACUGUCCAGUCAGCAGCUGGGCCGCGUGGCGGAGGAAGCUGUUGGGUGUCCCGGUGUCCCUCUUCCCCUUCUUGCCACUCCGUACCGGACCCAACCGAAUCCAGUUUGAGCCCGUCGUUACUGUCGACCUCCCGGGUUGUGUAAAAUACUGCUGUUAUCUGAGAGUUAAUAUAUGAGCGCGGCGGGCGCCACGGAGGCGGCCUGCUGUUAAUUAUCACUGUAGAAGACGAUAUGUGGUUGUCUUUCAAUGUUCAGAAUAAAAUUCAGUUGGACCAAGA